UAUGUCGAUGGUAAUUCUCGAGCAUUGCUAUUCCAUUCAUGAUCCAAAUAGCUCCAUUCAAAUAAGUCAAGCUAAUGAGUUUGCAACUGUAUCACAAUUGAGAGAUGUCGCAGAUGCUAUCGGGCACACGCCCUAAUUCUGAAGCCUCUUCUGCUCUUGGAAACUUACAGUCAGUUGGACCUAACAAUCAAAAUCCUCAUGUUAUAACUACAUUGCAAAAUAGUUCUACAGUAACUGCAUUGCAAAGUCAAACGCAAUCUCAUAUAUCACAAUACGGUACACAAUCAGUCAAACCGACACUAAUGCAAUCUUCUAAUUCCAAUACUUCUAUUGAAUUUCCACAGUUCUUAACAAAAACGAGAUUACAAGAUUUAGUAAAAGAGGUGGAUCCAACUGAACAAUUAGACGAAGAAGUUGAAGAGAUGCUUCUACAAUUAGCUGACGACUUUGUCGAAACGACGGUAAAUGCGGCGUGCUUGCUUGCCAAACACAGACAUGCUAACACCGUUGAAGUAAAGGAUGUUCAACUUCAUUUAGAGAGGAAUUGGAAUAUGUGGAUUCCUGGGUUUGGAACUGACGAAGUGCGACCUUACAAAAGGGCAACAGUAACAGAAGCACACAAACAGCGAUUAGCACUUAUUCGUAAAUCUAUUAAAAAGUAUUAAACACCAUGAAUAUAUUAUUUAUUGAAUAGCCUAUGACUUGCUGUAAGUUAUAAAAGUUUAAAAAUUAAAAACAUCUUAUAAUAUA